AUGCCGACCAUUGCCAAUGACGACCUGAGCCAGGAGGACCCAGGAGGAACAUCAACGCAAACAAGUCGAAAAGAAGAUUUACCUUCGGAUUUUCCUGACGGAAGUAUUCUGCAAGUUAAACUUCACAACUUCCUGUAACUAGGAUAACUUUUUCCAACUCUGAAAGAAAAAAAAAUGUUCAGGACCUAUGAAAAUGUUAUAUGCCGGACAACGAAAAACUUGAACUUAAUUAUCGGUUACAACGGAUCUGGGAAAAGUUCUCUGAUUUGUGGAAUUUGUCUAGCUCUGGGUGGAAGCCCCAAGGUUUUUGAUCUCUGUUUUAUUAUUAUAAUGAAGAUUUUUCAGCUGCUGGGUAGAUCUGAGAAAAUUGGAGAUUACAUUCGACAUGGCUGCACCGAAGGAUCAGUCGAAGUCGUCCUGUGAGUUUUUCUCGGAAUAACCAAUGUGAGAUAAUCAAAAAGAGUAGUAGUUAAUUAUUACUACGAAGGAUAGGUGCUAUGAAAUAAAAAAAUCAGCGAAAUUUCUUGCGGCGUCUUUUUCCGAUUUUUUUCAUAUCUCUAGGGAACUUUCCGACUUUUUCUCGAUAAACUCUUCAUUUGAGUUUUCCUACAUAAAAAUAGGUAGUUGAUUCAUGAUUAAAACAAAAUGGAAAAUGAUUGAUUUGUUUUUUUGAUAGAUAAACCGAAAAAAAUAUAAGAGAAAAAAAGUCGGAAGUUUCGCCGUUCGAAAUUUCGCUGGUGUCUUUUAUACCACAGAAGGAUAAAACUCGAAGGAAAUGUACUUAAUAAGCUGGUAGGCGAUUUUGGCUCCUGGAAAGUAGGACAAAUUGCUUAUUACAAGUGUUCUUUCAUAAGUUAUUAAAAUGGGAAAAAAAAACAUGUUUUCAUACCUUUUGAAUAUUACCGCAACAACGGCGAUCGACAACCUGAUCAUGAGCUUUUUCCAGAGCCGAUGAAAAACGAGGUCCACAAUCAAUGAAGAUAUAUAUUCAGUUCAAGAAAUGUCCAGUGUUCUAUAUGAAUGGUAAAUUGAGCACCCAGUCGUCGAUCAGAGAGCGUUGCCGAGAGUACAACAUUCAGGUUUUAGGAGUAUCACUAUUUGUAAGCUUCGCUUUCAGAUUGAUAAUCCGUGCGCCUUUCUGGCUCAAGACAAGGUGAAAAGUUUUUCGGAACAGUCGGCCAUCGACUUGUUAAUUAACACACAGAAGGUAAAUGAGGUCUUCUUCCGGAGAGCGAGGAACAGUACAUCACUUCUUGGUUCUCCAAGUCUCAAAAUUACAUUCUAAAAGGCAGAAUAAGCUUUUCUUUUUUCUUUUCUUCAUAUUUCAUUACCACAGACGUCUUCAAAACACGACUGGAAACGUUUUGAAAAAGAAUGGGCUAUUUUUGUCCCCAACCUCUUUAUUCUUUCACCGCUUUCCUGACCGCGGGCUCUGGAUGUGUCAUCAUCGUUCACAUCUGUUCAGGCGGCAUCAAUUGAGCUCUUGGAGCAGCACGAAAAGAUGAAGCAAACGCGACAAGAAAGUCAGAAUUUGGAGACAAAGUUUGAAUCGUUUGAGGAGAACAUUUCUCGGCUCCAAGGUACUGAUUCUGUCUUAUUUCUGUAGCUCGAAUACUGUUUUCAGGAGAGAUCACUGCACUUCAGCCUCGUUUGGACAACUAUCGAAAAAGAAUCGCCAUGGAAGAUCGACUACGGCUUUUGGAGAAGCGCGCAGCCACCAAGGUUCCGUCGAAGCUAAUUUCUUUGAAUUUAUCUUUUUUACAGGGGUAUGAGCACGCUCUGGCAGAAAGCGAGUCUUUCAGCGACGAUUUGAAGAAGAGAAAAAAGUCGAUGGAGGCUCAGCAGGCAAAAGUGAACAGGAUGAAGAAUGACACAGCAGCGGCGAAGGUCCAACUGGAGGGACUCGAGGCAGCCAUCAAGAAAGCGGUGAGCGGACCUCUGUCGAAAGCCUCAGAGGGAAACUUCAGAAGUCGGCUACGAAAUUGCUCCGAGAUCAACUCGACAACCAGAUGGACUUCAACGCCAUCAAAUCACAGGUUCGCUCUUUUUGCAGCGAACUUAUCGAUUUAAAACAAAUAUCUACUGAUAUGAAGUAGUUUCUUGUUGCAAAAAAACUUCUCUCGACUCUGGUCAGACAUUUAAUGAGUUGUCGAAAACUAUAUGAAAUAUUGGAUAUCUUUUUCUUUUUUUGAAUGUCCGCUUUUUUUUUCAAAUUUCUGCUAACGUUAAUGUUUUUCAACUAAUUAGACACGAAGUUUUAUUUUUACCAUUUUUCAAGCUACGCGACGCUAAAGCGAACUACGAAGCUCAAGUGAAGAAAAUGGAGAAUUUCUCGACGAAUGAGAAGAACUAUAUCAAAGCGAUCGAAUCCUUGCAACAAAAACUUGACACCAACAGCGCCCAAAUGAAUGGAUAUGAUGUUUUUUCUGAAAAUAAAAAAAACAGUUUCAUAUCAAUUGUUAAGGAUUUUAUGAAACGAUAUGACGAAGUUAAAAUCAAGCUGAAUGCAGAGAAAAACGCCUUGUCCAAUGUGGAAGACGAGAUUUCGAAGAAGAAGCGCAAAAUGGACGAGUUCAGAACAAGUAUUCCUUUUUUUGCAUUUUCCAGAAAGUUGCCUGUUUCCAAGUUCAUUAUUUUUUAUUUCCAAUUCGCUGAAAAUGCAAUAAUUGUUGAACAUACAUAUUUUAUUUCAGAGAUACAAGAAGAAGAGGAGAGAACGAGAUACACGGCACAGGAACGUCUGCGGAUGGUGGAGCGCAUCUCUCGAGGGGCCGUCGCCUCCUGGCAGUGGUACCAGCAGAACCGCGACCGUUUCCGCGAACCCGUCUACCUUCCGCUGAUGCACGUGAGCCGUCGUCGUCCGUUCCAAGUCCUUUUCCCCUCUUGCAGAUCGUCCUCAAGGACAGAUCCUACACGCCCUUCGUCGAGGACGUCAUCCCAACACGUGAUCUCUGCAUGUUCAUCUGCGGAUGCAAGGUUUUCUGGAAAAAGCAAACGAGCCUUCUCAAGUUUCAUUCCGGGACAUGUUAGGAAAAAACGAGGCCAAUCGUCGCUCAACUCGUGUCAAUUUGUUUCUUUUACUUGUCUUUGCAAGUUUUCGCGUACUUGGACACGUUUUCACGCACUCGAAAGCUAGUUAUUUGAUAAUGAGCUUUUCCAGCUUUCUUUUCUGAAGCCACUAAAUAUCUCAUUUAUUGUUCUAGUUCUUCCAAAUAGGAAAUUUUCUUUUUCACAGCCUUUUUCCAGGAAGACGAAAUGCUUCUGCAAGAGAACGGCACGGGGCUCAGUACUUCGGUAGUUCCUCGGAGUAGUGUGAGUUUAAAAAAAAGUUUGAAAAACUAGUUUCCGUGUAUUUAGGUGAAUAAAGAUGUCAUCAACGCGAAACUUCCUGAAGAUUUGAAGCGGAACGAAUUUGUCUGCCUGGUUUCUGAAAUGUUUGACGCGCCUGGCCCUCUGAAGCAGUACAUUUGCAACAUCACCGGCGUUCGUUGCGGCCCUUCAAUUCAUCUUUUUCCGCUUACCAUAGGUCCACAAAAUCCCGAUGGGAACUGCGAAUGAGCGGACGAUGCAGAACGCAGUCGAAGCGGCGACAAAAGCCGGGUUUUGGAAGAUUUUCACAUCUAACCUGAAGGUUAAAUUUCAACCUUUUCAAGAAACUUUCUGAUAACGUAUAAGUCUUUGAGAAAAAAUAAUAAUCAAAGGUCAAGAACCGGAUAUAGAGUAUUAUGCUUUUUUCGAUUGAUUUCGUUUUCAUUGAUUUUUUUUUUCUGUCGUCCGUUAUUCGAAGUAAUUUCGGAGUUUAGGUAACGCUGACGAGGUCCAAGUACUCGGGCGAAACGAUCCAGAAACAGCAGAACUUGUACCGUUCGGGAAUUUUCUCUGCCAAUGCUUUUUUGGCUGGCGUCGAGUCUUCCGCCGCCAAAAACCGCUACGAUCCAGAAAUAAAGGCGUUGGUGAGUUUUUGUAGAGAUAAUCUAUUGUUAAUGGUAUUCCUGACUAGAACUCCGAACGGGAACGUAUAAUUGGAGAUUACAAGGCGCGCCACUCGGUAUAUUCCAAGGAAGACGAGGAAAUCAACCAAGAACGAGUGAGAUUACUUUGUUCAUUACUGCAACUGUAGCGUUCAUGAAUGAAACAUUGAAGAGAUGAUAUAAAAAAUAACUUUGAAAUUUAUUCCAUGUCUGAAAAUAAUCUUUUUAUUUUCUUCUAGCUGCAGCUACAAAAAAAUGGGGCUCUUAGAGCAGGCAUGUGGUCUUCCCGAAUGUUUUCCCCAAAAAUACGAAACCAGCGAAUGAAAUUUCAGUCGCGCUGGCGAGAAAAGAGCGAAUUCAUCAAAAUUCUGAAGAAAAGCCUGGAAAACGAGGAGGAAAGGUGAAUAGUUUCUUGAAUUUUCAAGGUAGGAAAGAACUUUUGAGGCUGGACAAUCUCCGGAACAACGUGCCAGACGUGGACGCGGCCAAGGAAGCCUACGAGGAACAGAAACGGCUUUCAGCGCAAGACGCACAUAAGAAAAUCAGCCAUCUUGUUCAAAAAAUUGGACGUAGUUUUUUUUUAGACUUGUUCACAGGAAAUGCUUCGGAAUUAUUUCAUCCCACAAAGCGAGAACCGUGCACUUGUUUUUCAGAAUCAAAAAAGGUCUUUUGAUUGCAAAAUUCGCUUUUGCGGGGAUGGGUGUAAAUCUUGGGAAGAUUUAGAGUUUACCUAAUAAAUCUUCUCAUCUAGAAAAUUCAUUUUGAAAAGAAAUAUACUGACUGGUCUUGUUUCAAAACUCAAAUUGAAACUAUUUUUUUCUGAGUUUGGAGUCACAGGAAUUAGCAUUUUUUUUUCGUGAGAAUUCGUUUGAACAACUACCUACUUUCUCUUCUAGCCAGUUAGUGCUCUAAAUUCAAAUUCAUUUCCAGUUUUCUUUCCAUUAUUUAUUUUAUUAAACUAAAGUAUAAUAAAAUAUCAGACAUAAAUGGAAAUGUGCUAGAUUCUCAUUAAGAUUUCUGAGAACUGUUGUGAGCUCCCCAAUAAGAAUUAAUGAUUCCAUACACUUGAUUUAUUGUUUUUAUCACGAGAAGGUGGAAGAUGUGUUCUGUUUCAGGAAAAAGAUUUGGAACGGCAGAAAGAAAUCGUUGUGUUGAAACUUUACCAACGGGAACAUCAAAACCUCCUGAAUUCAACUCUUUUGGAAGUCGAAAACGAGUUGAUAAGUCUCCAGGACGCGCAGGUACUGAAAGACUAUUUUUCGUGUGCUAUUGGUCUUUUCUACAGCAAGUUUGCGUGUAUGCGUCCCGGGACCUGGAAUUGGCCAAUGAUCGGUUAAAAGUCAAAGAAGAUUUGCUGUUCGAGAAGUGCGGUUUCCGAAGUCUCAAGAAAACGGCAUUGAAACCAGACCAAAUAAAGAAAUUCGACUUGAUGAUGAAGGUUUUUUUUUUUUUGAUUACUGGAUCUUUAUUGGCUCUGACUUUCCAGGAGUUUGAGGAAAAACAAGUGCCGGACGACUUCGAGGAGCUGGAGGAAGCCAUGUCUAAAGAACGCGCGAAAAUAAGAAUCGCAGAUGACAGCUCGGAAGGCAGCGCAGAUGUUCCACACUCUCCUUCCAACUCUCUCUCAUUCUCAUUUUCUUGCAGGAUGAAAGGAGAAUGAUGUGGCUGAAGGAGUCUCUGCAGCAAGAGGAAGAGGGUUUGAGGAACAACGCGAACGUCAAGAAAAACAUCGAGAAGGACUUGGCAGAGGUGCUUCAGUAUGAAUUUCUUUAGAUUUUUUUUUCCAUACUUACAGGCUAUCGAGAAAUGGAGAGUGCCUAUUGAUGAUAUGAUAGGCAAAAUCAACGAGAGCUACGUCAAGUUCUUCCAACAGCUGGGAUGUGACGGCGAGGUGCAUCUGGAGGUUCCCGAGAACAAAGUUUUCAACGAAGUCUGCUCCGAAAUCUGAUUCAUAUUUUUCAGUUGGAUAUUCAUUUGUACGGAAUCAUGAUCAUGGUGAGCUUCCGCAAGGGAGAACGUAUGAAGAGACUCGAUCAGAGGGUGGGACUCUCAGAAGUUCGUUGAAGGCAAGGGUUUCAAGGUGCAAUCCGGAGGCGAACGGAGUGUCUCUACGAUGCUCUAUCUGCUGGCCCUUCAGCAGCUUUGUCCGGUGCCUUUCCGCUGUGUCGACGAGAUCAACCAAGGAAUGGACCCGACGAACGAGAAGAAAGUCUUCGACAUCAUGGUCGAGACUCUGAGCAGCGCUGGUCAACUCGCCAAGACUCAGUACUUCUUGUGAGUUUCAGGAGCAGUCAUGAAACGCUACCGAGUCUGAAUAAAGCUUUCGAAGGAACUUUGAAAGUAGUUUUAAUCUCACUGAAUAUAUAAAAAAGCUUUUUCGCAUCUUGUUUGUUAUCUUUUCAUUGGCUUUUCAGUCUUUCCACACAUUUUUUUUUCUCUAAAACGUCUCGAAAAGCCUUUGAAGAAGCGUUUAAAUUAGCGCGAUCGUUUCACUGGACGGAAGAUUUCAGACUCACACCGAAGCUUCUGCGCGGCCUCAACCUCACAGAGAAGGUCUCCGUUCUUGUCGUUCACAAUUUGAUUCCGAAAAAUGUUUGUUUUCUUCCAGUUCGUCUUCAAGCAGGUUUAAUUUCCCAGGAUCUCCGCGUGAGCAACUUUGUCAAGAGUUUGGAAGACUCGCGAGCGCGAUAG